UAUGGACAACUUCGGUUACCGCGAAAUGGGCUGGCCGUCACCUCUGCAGACUCCCACUACGCCCAACAGACGACUCAACAGGAGCUACAGCGGCCGCUCCAGGGAUCCUGAGGAGUUCCCUCUGAGAACCACCUACAAGCAUGCUCGAAAUAUUGAUUUGUUGGAAGCGGCGAUCGAUCCGAGGAAGGGCAAGGAGUAUCUGUUCGUCGGACCCUCUCCCCCUGCAGAUGAUGCUCCGAACAUGUACCACAGCUUCGACGUUCUCGCCCCGGAUCCUGAAGCCAGGCUGACGGAGGAGAUGAUCAGGAGAGCGAUAUGCGAGCGAGCUCUCACUCUAGGCGCCGGGAGAUUCUUCGACGAUCUCGAGUGUGGGCUGAUCACGCUGGAGAACAUAGAGGAGCAUAUCUCGUCGGCCCCGGAGGUUGUAGUCAACUUGACCUUGCUGUGGGCAGCGUUCUUAACGCGUGAUGAGUUAUUACCCUCUAUCAUGGACGCCGGAGCGGAUAUACACUACUCUGAGCCGCUGGGUUUGACUGCACUGCAUGUGGCGUCGUUCAGUGGUGCCAGUAGAUCGGUGUCGUACUUGCUGUCGAUGGGAGCGGAUAUCGAUUAUGCCCCAAGGUAUUUCUCUCCCUUACACUGUGCUGCGUUUGGAAAUUCAUUGGAGGUGGCCGAAAUAUUGAUAGUGAGUGGUGCGUCGUUACAUGGAGUCGUGCAGAGAGCCGGUUGCGAAGACAACCUGGUUCAUUGUGCUGUGAGAAACGACGCUUUGGAGUGCAUGGAGCUGUUUAUUGAGAAGGGCGUAGAUCCAGCGUAUAUAACUUCCGGAGGUCUGAAUGCUCUGCAUCUAGCAGCAGAACUAGGAGCCAGUCGAUGCUUAGCGUUUUUGCUAAAAGAAACUAAGCUCAGUGCAAACGCAGUUACUAAACAAAGGGACAAGGAGUGCACAGCGUUACAUUUAGCUGCCACGAGAGGAUUUACCGAGUGUGUUGAGCUGUUGCUAGCUGAGGGCGCCAAAGCCAAUACAAAGAACUACAGGGGAUCAACUGCAUUACAUCUUGCUGCUAGAUGUUCAAGUGUUGAGUGUGUUGAAGUGCUUCUUCGAGAUGGGAACGCCGACGUGAAUGCAGAAGAUCACGAUAAACGAUCGCCGCUACAUGCCGCCAUUUGUAACUCUGAGCGUGCGUGUGACAUAAUAGACAUGCUCGUCAGCUGGGGAGCGCAAGUCAACAAAAAAGACGACUAUGGUUUUUCUCCCCUGCAUCUUGCCGCUAUGGAUGGUCUCACACAGUGUGUCGAAACCCUUAUAUUCUUGGGAGCUGAUGUGACUUCCAAAUCGAAGCGAGGUCAAACUGCUCUGAGUGUGAUCGUACGUAAGACACCCAAGUCGUUGGCUAUAUUGAGGCACAGCUUGGACAGUGGUAUUUCAAUCAGUCGACCGACAGAAGCGAACGAGGAAGUGCAGGUAGAGUUCGACUUCGGUAAAAUCUUAAAAUACAGUUACCCAAGAGAAAUUACAUAUCUUAACAGCCUCGUAGACGAGGGACAGAAGGAUAUUCUGCAACAUCCACUAUGUUCCGCAUUUCUGUUCAUGAAAUGGCGCAAGAUUCGAAAAUUUUAUUUAGCGAGAUUGAUAUUUUGCUUCCUUUUCGUGACAUUCCUAUCGAUAUACGUGUUGACAGCGCUAGUGAAAACGUGUAAGGGAAAGCACGCGCAGAAAUAUGGGAUAUUGAACGAGAUCUGCCAAAAACAGUCGCUUUUAGGUGACAUUCUCGACGACAACCCGAUCGAGCUCGAGAGGUGGGUGUUAAUAGCCAUCACGGCCUUCGAAAUCGUCCGCAAAAUGACAGGCAUAACAGGAUACUCGAGUAUAUAUCAAUAUUUUACGACGUUCGAGAAUUUAAUGGAGUGGUUUGUGCUCCUUUCCGUUUUUUCCUUGUACAACAUUCAGAAGGAUUACGGCUGGCAGAAUCACGUGGGAGGCUACGCGGUACUCGGCGCUUGGACGAAUCUGAUGCUGAUGAUGGGUCAGCUGCCGAUGUUUGGAGAUUACGUGGCGAUGUACCAAAAGGUCCUAACAGAAUUUCUCAAGCUGCUACUGGCGUACAUAUGCUUACUUCUCGGAUUCGCGAUCUGCUUCUGCGUGGUGUUUGCGAACGAGGAAAUGUUCUCGAAUCCUCUCAUGGGAUUCAUAAGCACGCUGUCUAUGAUGGUGGGCGAGUUGAAUUUGAACAUCCUGAUCAACGACCCGAAUUUGGACGACCCACCGCUCAUAUUUGAGCUAUCGUCGCAAAUAAUAUUUAUUUUAUUCCUCAUGUUUGUGACUAUUAUCCUCAUGAACCUGCUGGUCGGUAUAGCGGUCCACGACAUUCAGGGGCUGAGGAAAACCGCCGGUCUCUCGAAGCUGGUGCGUCAGACGAAGCUCAUAUUGUUCGUGGAGAUGGGUAUAUUCAGCGCCUUACUGCCUUCGUGUCUUCAUAAACACGUCUACAGAACGGCUCUGGUUUCUCCCGAAGCCGGCAAAGUAAUAUUGAGCGUGAAACCUCUUAAUCCACACGAGAAGAGGCUUCCGACUGAAAUAAUGAUGGCCGCAUACGAGAUGGCACAAUUGAACAAAGUGAAAUCGGGCCGAUCGAUAAAAGAAAUGCUGUACAAGAAUCAGUACUCGUCGAAAUACAAGAAGGAGACCCAAACGAACGAUCACAACUUCAAUUUGGAGAUCAGGAAUAUGCAGGAGAAAAUAGAUCAGACGACUUUCAAUUUGAAGAAGAUAGACCAGGAGAUCCGGCAUUUGAAUACUCUUCUUCUAGAACAGCAGCAUCUUCUGCAGAAUCUGGUCAAAACUACUGAACGGGCUUACGCGACUCCUGCGCAGUAUUACGCGACAGAUUCGUCUUCAGUCUUCUUUGCCAGUGACAAUAUGUCUGAUGUUACAUCUAUCACUAAAGCGUAGUUUUUUAUGUUUAAUUUUAUUCGUUUUUUUAUAACUUGUGCAAACAGUAAAAUGUUAUAAAAAGGUCCUGUUUGCUAAUAGUAAAUGUCUCAUAAAGCCUUGAUAUUUUAAAAACAAAAACACUGUGUGUACUUUAACACUUUCUCUAAAAAUAACGCCAUUUUUGACAACAAUUUAUCUAAAAAAUCUAAAGUGACUUUUUUUUUUUGUAAUUAAAUCAAAUAAGAAUCAGGUAUUC